UAUGAUAUAUAUGAUCGAACCAUUUAACGUUUAAUCAUUCGGUUUUUGAUUCACUUGCUAUACCGGUCCGGUUAUGAGUAUUUUCGUGUGAGCAUUGUCAAUAUUAAAUUGAUAUGUAAUAUACAUUAGAUAAAAUACGGUAUAAUAUAAAUAUAUAUAUAUAGAUAUAUAUAUAUAUAUAUAUAUAUUUUUUUAUAUAUUUUUCAUCAAAAAAGUGUUUAUUAUAUCAAAAAAUGGCAUUGCAACGUUCAACCGUUGCGUUUCAAAGUAUCCAUAAUUUAAGAAAAAUUGACGGAGAAAUAAAAUUACAUCUUCGAUCAAGAACUACAACACCUUCAGGUGCCAUUCUGCCAGAACCAAAAAGAACACGUUUUGGCAUUUUGAGCGUUAUUUGUAGUGUCACGUUAGGAUUAAUUAUAGGAACUACAAUAAGUAAAAGGAUGGCUAAUUUUCUCGAAGAAAAAGAAUUGUUCAUACCUUCGGAUGACGAUGACGACGAUGAUUAAUUUAUUUUCGAUAUACAUAUUCUAUUUAAGGCAAAAAAUUUAAAUUAGUCUUAUUAAAUUUAUUCGGCUCGUGAUUUUUAAUCGUGUUAUUAAAUCUUAACUUUUAAAUUUUUUAUCGAUAGUAAAAUGUCGUAGCGUAUAUCGUUUUUCAAGUUUUUAUUCGCAAGCAUAGUUGAUUUUUUUUACUUUCAAGAAUAGAUAUCAUUUUUUAUUUUAAUGAAAAUUUAUAACAUCAACAAAGUAAAGUCUCGCUAUUCGCUGAAUUUUUGGAAAUUUUCAUUUAAACGACGAAAACUAAAUAAAAUCAGAUAAGGGAUAAUUAUCUAGAUGUACAAACAUAGAACGUAGCGCGGGAAAUUAAUUUAAUUAAAAAUUUAAAUAUAUAACUUGUAGAGAACUUGUUCGAAGUCGAAUCCCUUGAAAACCGAUAUUAAAGGGAAACGAUAAAAAUGGAAAUCAUUUAAACGCAAAUAAACGAAUUCGCGAUGUCGCAGAUUAAACGAGAUUUUACUUUUAUUAUUGUAUAUUAUUAAAAAAAGAUGUAAUAUAAUUUUAAGAAUUUUUUUCGCAAUUAUACGAAUAUCACAUGUAUAAGAAUUUUCAAUUCUUUUUGGAAUUUUAUUUAUCGUUAGAAAAAAAGUAUGGAAAUCAAAUUGCAUAUUUUAAUUUAUUCGAUAUAAUUUUUAAAAAGCGAAUGGAUUUUGCACAUAAAUGUACGUACAUAUUUAUAAAUAUAUUCUAUUAAAUUGCAUAUAGA